AAGAAGACGGUCAAUUCAAUUGCCACUGCACCUCACAAAAAUUAUACACAUAACCCAAUUUUUAAUUAUUAGUGAUAAAUAAAAAAGCAGCUGUUUUUUGCUGGAACCCUUUCCUUUUAGGUUGACGAAACGACUGUGAGCAGACACUGUGCUGCGGUGCGCAUUCAUGGAUGUGGAAAUAAAUUUAUGCUUACAAUAAUUCAAUAACAUGGAUCAAAAGUUGCAAGUUGCAGGGACUCAAUCCCAACUUGAAAUGGGAUCAUUGGCUGCAAGUGGGUCAUCACAUGAGUUUGAGGAUGAGAGUCUUUUUAGCCCUGAGUCAGUGAUUCAAAAGAUGCAACUUGGUCAUAUAUCUGAUUAUGGAUCAGCUCCUGGUGGUUUCCAACCUGGUGGUAGUAAGAUGGGGAAGAAUGUUGUGUAUAAGAGCAUAAAGACUGUAGUUUUUUCAAAUAAACUCAAUUUGCUCAUAGCUUUUGGGCCUCUCACUAUCCUCGUCCACAUUUUGACUGGGCAUAACGGAUUGGUCUUCCUCCUGAGUCUAUUGGGUAUCAUACCUUUGGCUGAACGUUUAGGUUAUGCUACAGAGCAGCUAGCUAUGUACACAGGACCUACAGUUGGGGGCCUUCUAAAUGCCACAUUUGGAAAUGCAACAGAACUCAUCAUAGCAAUAUAUGCACUAAGAAACGGAAUGAUACGAGUUGUUCAGCUGUCAUUAUUAGGCUCAAUUUUGUCAAACAUGUUGUUGGUGCUUGGGUGUGCAUUCUUCUGUGGCGGGCUUGUUUUUUACAGAAAAGAACAAGUUUUUAACAAGGCAUCUGCUAUUGUGAAUUCAGGAUUGCUGCUGAUGGCAGUCAUGGGGCUACUCUUUCCUGCUGUCCUGCAUUUCACACACACCGAGGUGCACUAUGGGAAGUCAGAGUUGGCUCUUUCGAGAUUUAGUAGUUGCAUUAUGCUUGGGGUGUAUGCUGCUUAUCUUUUUUUCCAAUUAAAGAGUCGAAAGGAUCCAUACAUUCCUCUGUCUGAGGAUGAGAGUCAGAACAGGGAAAACGAAGGCGAAAACGAUGAGACUCCCGAGAUUGGUAAAUGGGAAUCAGUAAUCUGGCUUCUGAUAAUGACAGCUUGGAUCUCUGUCCUAUCAGAAUAUUUAGUAGAUGCCAUAGAGGGAACAUCUCAUGCAUGGAAUAUACCAAUUGCAUUUAUAGGGGUUAUCUUGCUCCCAAUUGUGGGGAAUGCUGCAGAGCAUGCUGGUGCUAUUAUGUUUGCUAUGAAAGACAAGCUUGAUAUAUCAUUGGGAGUUGCAAUAGGGUCAUCAACACAGAUAUCUAUGUUUGGAAUUCCCUUUUGUGUUGUUGUUGGGUGGAUAAUGGGGAAGCCCAUGGACUUAAACUUUCAGCUUUUUGAGACUGCAACUCUUUUCAUUACUGUCAUCGUCGUUGCCUUCUUUCUGCAGGAAGGGUCUUCCAAUUAUUUCAAAGGAUUGAUGCUCAUUCUUUGCUAUGUAAUUGUUGCUGCAAGUUUCUUUGUUCAUGAAGAUCCUCCUCCAGCAGAGAAGUCAUUAACACCUUAGUCAACGCGAUGGCCAGUCUAAGAGGGUUGUCACCAAGAGUUGGUCUGUCAUAUUCUGGGGUACAGACACACACACACACUCAAAAAACAAUAUAUUUUUCGGGGUUACCACUUGACCUUGUUCCUUUAGUAGCAUUGAACAGGCAUCUUGCUGGAUUUUCUGUUCUUCCUCCAGGAUAUGCUUUCACCAUACGCGGUCCACUUAGAUGACAAGUUGAAUUGUUUAUAGUGUAGGAAGUGCAAAACCAAAACAACAAAAAAUAAAAAUAAAAAUAAAUAUAUAUAUAAAAUUUUGUAAUGUAUCUCGUCUUUCUGGAUAUCUUUCCUUUAUUUCCCAUUUGUUAAUUGCAGUGGGGAAACUCUAUGAUACUGGUGAGGCUUAGAAUCCCUUUUUUCUUUUU